AUGGCAGCUCUGUCUACGUCAUAUUUCUCACUCUCUUUACGCCAUUUUUUUUUCUUAUUGCCCGUGAUUGCUAUUCUAUCUCUCAUCUCUAUUGACAUUAUGUCGAUUCCUGUCAGUUAUUCCUCUUUCGUUAUCCCAGUUCAUCGUUUAUACGAUUUAACCUUUCAUACUGUUAUUCAUUUUUUUUAUUUUUUUUUACAUUCAACUACGUAUUUACUCUUUUCUUUUUCCAUCUCAUCCAUACUUUCUCUCUCAUCCUUUAGUAUUUUCUUUUCUUGUCUUUUCUUACUUCCUCUCUUUCUCUUUUCGUUCUGUCUAGGGGCUUGGCCGACGAUUAAGUUGAAACUGCUUUCCUUCUUUCUUUCGUCUCGGUGUAGCAGCAUUCUCGUCAGAGGUGGUCUUUUCUUACUUUCUUUCUUUUCCCUUUCGUCUCUUAUCUUUUCCUCCUUUCUUUCCUUUUCCCAUAAGUAUCUCCCUUUGAGAUCUUUUCUUGCUUUCUUCUUUUCUUUUUCUAUCUGCGACUGGUCUCGAGACUUGGGUGACAAACAAAUCGAAACUGUCUUCUAUCUUUCUUUCGUCCCGAUCAAACGGGUCCAUCUAUUCCAUUCGAAGAUGAAUCCUCUUUCUCGUAUAUUCGCAAACACGUCUGUUCGGCCCUUAGGCCUGGACAAAACUCUUGUAUUUUUCGCAAACACGUCCGUUCGGACCUUAGGCCUGGACAAAACUCUUGUAUUUUUCACAAACACGUCUGUCCGGCCCUAA